AGUUGCAGGCCUCGUGACUUGAGAGUUGAGACGGCCGAAAACCAUUUCGUUUUCUUCCUUCUAUUGGCCACGCUUUCGGCUUUCCCAACCAAACUUUCAGCUCAUUCCGCCGUUUCCUCUGCCAAUCGUUGUUCCCAAUAAAAUCCAUUAAGGAUUUACGAAACGCAAAUCCCGUAUAUACUCUCGGAUCCUCCUGAAUACUGAAAGGAACCCAGAAAAGGGAUACAAUCAUGGGCACGGAGAGCUCGUCAGUGGAGAUAUCAGAGCCGUUGCUGGAGGAGACGGAGAAAAUUGGUAUCGUGGAGACGGAGCGAGUCCCCGAAUGGAAGGAUCAGAUCACGAUCAGAGGGCUUGCCGUCAGCGCGCUGUUGGGGGCCCUCUUCUGCAUCAUCGUCCACAAGCUCAAUCUAACGGUCGGGAUCAUUCCGUCCCUCAACGUCGGCGCUGGCUUGUUGGGGUUCUUCUUCGUCAAGUCCUGGACUAGCUUCUUGUCCAAAUUGGGGUGCUCGGUUCAGCCCUUUACGAGGCAAGAGAACACCGUUAUUCAGACAUGCGUCGUUGCUUGUUAUGGCCUCGCAUUUAGCGGGGGAUUUGGUUCAUAUAUGCUUGCAAUGGAUGAGAAAACUUUCAAACUCAUUGGUGUUGACUAUCCGGGUAACAGGGCUGAAGAUGUUAAGAACCCUGGCCUGGGUUGGAUGAUUGGUUUUCUAUUUGUUGUCAGCUUCCUUGGGCUUUUCAGCCUUGUUCCACUUCGUAAGGUCAUGGUCAUGGACUAUAAGCUUACAUAUCCCAGUGGCACAGCAACUGCCAUGUUAAUAAAUAGCUUUCAUACAAACACUGGAGCUGAGCUUGCAGGGAAGCAAGUCCGUUGUCUUGGAAAAUAUUUGAGCAUGAGUUUAUCCUGGAGCUGCUUUAAGUGGUUCUUUAGUGGUGGAAAAGCCUGUGGAUUUGAUAGCUUUCCCAUCCUUGGACUGACAUUAUAUAAGAGCACGUUUUAUUUUGACUUUAGUCCAACUUAUGUUGGUUGUGGUCUUAUUUGCCCACAUAUAGUCAACUGCUCAGUUCUUCUUGGGGCAAUCAUAUCAUGGGGUUUCCUCUGGCCCUUCAUAUCCCAAUAUGCCGGAGAUUGGUACCCUGCUGACCUUGAGAGCAAUGAUUUUAAAGGUCUCUAUGGAUACAAGGUCUUUAUAGCCAUUUCACUUAUCCUUGGGGAUGGGCUGUACAAUUUAUUCAAGAUAAUAGCCAUAACUGUUAAUGAAAUCUGCAACAAAAGUUCUAAACAGAGCAACCUUCCUGUCACUGCAGAUGCGCUAGAUGGCGAGGCUUCCAAACUACUAACGGAGCAAAGGAGAAGGGAUCAGAUAUUUCUUAAAGACAGAAUACCCUCCUGGUUUGCAGCUGCUGGAUUUGUGGGUCUGGCAGCAGUAUCAAUAGUGACAAUUCCAGUCAUCUUUCCACCCCUCAAGUGGUAUCUGGUUCUAAGCUCAUACAUCAUCGCCCCUGCACUUGCCUUCUGCAAUUCUUACGGCACUGGCCUCACAGAUUGGAACUUGGUCUCAACUUACGGAAAGAUUGGUCUUUUUAUAAUUGCUUCGUUGGUUGGAACCAAUGGCGGGGUUGUAGCUGGUUUAGCGGCCUGUGGAGUAAUGAUGGCCAUUGUUGCCACUGCAGCUGAUCUCAUGCAAGAUUUCAAGACCGGUUACCUCACUCUAUCUUCUGCUAAGUCAAUGUUUGUGAGCCAAUUAGUUGGAACAGCCAUGGGUUGCGUCAUUGCCCCGCUUACGUUCUGGUUGUUUUGGACUGCUUUUGACAUUGGGUCACCCGAUGGUCCCUACAAAGCACCAUAUGGUGUAAUAUUCAGGGAAAUGGCUAUUAUAAGUACGGAGGGCAUCUCUGAGCUGCCGAAGCAUUGCCUGGCCAUAUGUUGUGGGUUUUUUGUGGCAUCUCUGCUUAUAAAUCUCGUGAGGGAUAUAACUCCCAAAAAGAUCUCCCAAUUUAUUCCAAUUCCAAUGGCUAUGGCAGUCCCUUUUUACAUCGGAGCUUACUUUGCUAUAGACAUGUUUGUUGGGACUGUGAUAUUGUACGUGUGGCAACGAAUGAAUAGGAAGGACGCUGAGGAUUAUGCAGGGGCCGUUGCUUCGGGUUUGAUAUGCGGUGACGGUAUUUGGACAAUUCCAUCCGCAAUCCUCUCUAUUUUCAGGAUCACUCCGCCCAUCUGCAUGUACUUUGGGCCUUCUUUGACUAGCUGAGCAGACAUGGUUGUCACCUAUCCCCACCCAAAGAAGAAAGCCUUUGUAAUUAAUUAUAUGUUCCUUGAAUUGGAAUGUUCGUUAAAUCGUGUAAAUAUCCUUCAUUUGGAUCAUUACAGCUCAGGAAGGGUCUGUAAUAGUCUUAGGCUCCGUUGAUCUCA